ACUACUCAUAAAAUUUUCUUCACACAAAAAAAGCAACGAAACAGCUGCAAGCAAAAUCCGUUCCAGAGAACUUUCCAAAUUCCAACUCAUAGCUCAACCAAGAAAAUAAGUUUCCACAUAAAUUAUUUAAAAUUACAUUACUCCUCUUUGUAACUAAUUAAAAAAAUGGAAGACGUUCGCGAAGAAAACCAAUUCGUUGUGGAUGAUGUAAGCAAAAUCAUCAAGGAAGCCAUCGAGCAAACAAUCGGCGGUAACGCCUACCAGCACGACAAAGUCAACAACUGGACCAGCUUGGUCGUUGAAAAUUGUCUCAGUGUCUUGACCAAGGAACAGAAACCUUACAAAUACAUUGUCACUUCGAUGAUAAUGCAAAAGAAUGGCGCCGGAUUGCAUACAGCCAGUUCUUGUUUCUGGAACAACGACACAGAUGGCUCGUGCACUGUCCGCUGGGAAAACAAGACAAUGUAUUGCAUUGUUUCCGUCUUUGGAUUGGCUGUUUAAAGAGGUUUUAGACUUCUUCUUUUUUGAUUGAAUUAUGUACUUUUUUUUUUUGUUUAAUUUGUAAAUUAAAUUAUAAAAUUGAUUAAAAAAAUCUUGGUAUCCAAAAUUUCCAUAUUUCCAGAGAAUUCCGACAAUUUUUAUCUAUUUCGGGAAUUCCAUUUCAAUUUGAUUAACAGAAGAAUAUUGACUCAAAAGCUUUUUUGAAUAUACUUGAAGUUGCCUUUUUUCGUGUCGAUAUUACAAUUAAACAAGAAAAUUAAAAUUUGAAAAAUCCCUGAAUUAAAUAAAAAUAAAAUUGAUAAAAUGCAUCAUGACUGCAAAAUGUU